GCGACGUACAUGCCGUCUUACGUCAUACUGACUAUUUACUUCCUGAUAGUGCUGGCGCUUCUGCUGUGCGAGUGCGCGGGCGGCGUGGCGGCGGCGGUGUGGCCGCGCUGCCUCGGGCUGCAGACGGCACGCGGCGGCGCCGUGGGCGCGCUGCAGGCCUACUACGCGCUGCCGGACUAUGAGGAGUUCACUGCUGCGGUGGACUUAGCGCAGACUUACCUGCGUUGCUGCGGCAUGACGGACGCGCGCAACUACGAUAUGUCAGUAUGGCAGCUGCGGCGCCUGGGCCCGCGCGGGCUCUCGGUGCCGCCCAGCUGCUGCGUGCAGCGCGCACGCGACGCCUCCUACCUCAAUCCCGCGCCAGUCAACCAGUCGCGCUGCCAGGAGCUACAGCCCAACCCGGAGUUCCGUUAUGUCCCGGGAUGCUAUUCAAGACUCGAAGACUGGUAUCAGAAACAAUAUCUGGUCUUCAUGCUGGGCUUGUUCGUCAUAGCGCUUGUAAAGUUGGGCAUCUUGUUGAGCACUGUGUACUCGUGCGUUCGCCUGCGGAAGCGGAGGCAGGACAUCCGCGCGUUUGUUAUGAAAUCAAUCGACAACAAGACGAACGAGAACAUUUACGACGCUAAAAUGAGUUCGAUGCACGAUGAGCCGAUUACCGCCAAAUACAUCCAGCCCAAUAACUUCUACAGCCCCCGAGUGCGCAACCCUAGGAUUUUUCACAGUAAACCCAACGAGAUGAUAUGAGAGUUAGCAACGGAGAUAAAUGCUUUAGAGAGAAAACUAGAGAAGUUCUCCGAUUACCUUUAUAAGCAACAAGCAGAUUCAUUAUUGUGGUGAAAAAAAAAUGGAUUGCUUUGCUUAUAAAUGAAUAGUGUACCGAUUACUGAUAGGUAUUGAUUGUGGCAGGUAAUAUAAGAUACCACGAAGGGCGACGUAAUUUACCAGAUGGAAUCAACCAAAACGAAAGAAUCCAACAAGUUCUCUGCCUACAAUACAAAUAAUGUGCCAUAAUAAUCAUCUCUAAAAUCUCUUAAGUGUUUUCUCCGUUAGCUUCGUCAUGAAAUAUAAUAAUCGAAUAUAAAACUGCCUAAUUGAUAAAAAAAACAUGCUAUGCUAUAAUCUAACUUGGGUACCUACAAUUUAUUUAUAUUCUCACUAUCGAACAAACAACUUAUGUGCAAAGGAUUUUGUUUUAUUAUAUGCUAAAUAGAACUCCGAUAAUAUUGCGCAAUAAAUAAGGGAAUUCGACCAAGGUUCAAGUUUACAAAAUUACAAAGCAUUAGAUACCAGUGUUAUUACUGUUAUUUGAUUAAGUUAUGUAGUUCAUAAAAUUUUAUAAUUAUAAACUUUGUAAAAACAUUA